UACAAAGCAAAAGAUGCAAACGUACACAUGAAUUCAAGAUGGCGCACAGGCAGGAGAGAGAUUCGUCAGCGUCAACCUCUGUCGAUGGCGAAAUGUACGAUUUAGAUCGUCUACGGGCUGAGAUUGAACAGGAGAAGGAUAUUUAUGGAAUGCUGGAAAACUCAGUGGGAGACUUGAAGAGCACUGUCAUUGAAAUUGAAAGAAGAUAUGAGCUAGCAAAUGAAGAAGACAAUGAGUGGAAGACCAGGUGUGAGACACAAGAAGAACUUAACCAGCUGCUGAACAAGCAGAUAGACUACCUGAGAGACAGGCUGGACCAGUCAAGAGACAGCGCCAAGGAUGGAUUCGAAAGUGACCUGCGCUCUUAUGAGGAACUGUCUGAGGGCAGCUUGAGGAAAUUACUGAAGCAAAUCGAGCGAGAGAAGCAGAGCCUUGAAAGCCAGCUGAAAGAUUACGAGUGGAGACUUGAUCAAGAAUCAAAGGCUUUCCACAAGGCUAAUGAUGAAAGGAGAAAUCUGCAGACAGAACUCUUACAGGCAAAGCUGAAACUGGAAGAGCUGAAGUUUCCUCCCAACGCUAAUAGUCCACAGAAGAAGUGGACUAGUCAGAGAGGGCGUGGAGUGGAAGAGAACGUUCCUGAUGACCAGAGGAUCUUAGACCCCAAGCACGGUCCCAUCAAGAAGACUGCUGCCAUCAAGAAACUGCCCAAGCUUGACACCUGAUGCAGAUGGGAGGAUUGGAUGGCGGAAUCUGACACACAACUCCUUGGCUUUAAUUUCAUCAGGCUUGACCAAGUGCCUUAAGUGCUCACGGGUGGAGGGGGGGUUGUGACAUCAAAAGGGUGUUCCAAGAACUACUGGUAGUCAGAACGGGUUAGUGAUCAAAUACAAACAUGUUAAACUGAUUUACUAAUACAGUUUAGCACCGUGGUAAUAUCCACUGUGUUUGUCAUCAUACACUGUACAACUUCGUGGUGCCAACCAAAGAAAUCAUGGUUCUGCACCAGCAGAAACAUUACGCUGCAAUCAAAUUCUUUGAAUGUUUAUUUCCAGUUGGAAAUUUUGGGGGGCUUCACAAAAGUAUACAGGAUUUCCAUCAUGUAAUGUUUACUUGAUUAACUCUGGGCACUAGCUAAACACAAUGAAGUCACAACAAGAAGACAUCCGUCACAAACCUAGUAUACAUGGUGUAUGCAUCGCCGCUAAAAAAUAAAGUUUAUGUAAAUUCUUUUCAAGACUUAAACUCUUGUCAGGAGACCUUUUUUUUGGGCAGUGCAAUAUACAAUAGUAAAUACACAGCGUCUACUUGAAACAGUGGUUGUGUUUUGUCUCACUUGUAACCUUAUGAAUGUAGUACUAAUAAGCAAUACAUUUCCAUUAUACCGGCACUACGGUCAACAUGCACAUGUGCCUUCAAAAAUCUGUAAAGAAAGAAUUACGACGGCUUGACAACUAAUAUACUUAUUACUCAACAGAGGUGGUGGUGGUGACAAGUCAAAUUUUGCAAGUCCAAGUCAAAAACUGAUAGUUACGAGUCAAGUCAUGAGUCACAAAAAUAGUGACUCAAGUCCGAGACAAGUCCAAGUAAAGUGACUUGAGUCUACAACUCUGUUUACGUAACCACAUUUCUCCAUCAGAAUUACAGUAAGUACAGUGAGAUGUACGACGUUGAAUGCUUGAUUACACAGCAAUCAAGCAGUAACUUGACGUUAGUCUUACAUAGAUUCCAUACUAAUGACAAAGGAACUAAAGGACACAUUCCGACAAAUUAUUGCAGGUUUUCAUUUUAUUUUAUUUACAAACUCAGAAACGUCCAUAUCUUCACUAACCUAGUAUGUUAGUUAUAAGUUACUGAUUAAGUAU